AUGGCCGACCACGGGAGUGGUGGCGAGUCCGUGGCUCCGGCUCCGACCCCGAUUCCGAGUCCAUCGACGUGUGCUGGACUGCCUUUGCGCGUUUGCCGCUUCUGCCAGGGCACCAACGACCAGCUCUGCAUGGUGACGCCAUGUCACUGCAAAGGAGAGCUCGGCUACGCCCACGCCAACUGCGUUACAACCCAGGUCUACCAGCACAAUUUGUACUUCUGUCCGGUGUGUCGCUACGACUUCGUCAUCCGUUGGGAGCAACAAAAGUCAUUCCGCGAGUGGCUCCUGAGCGACGAGACGUCAGAUCAUCAGCGGCGGCUGCUGUUCAACGUGGCGCUCGCCGUCUCGAUGGCCGUAGUGCUGGUUCUGGCUUGGCUGCAGGCGGCUCGCACACUGGCCGGCCUGCCGCGUUUCAUCGCCUUCGUGGCCGCCAUCUUCCUCAUGCUGCACACGGCCUCCUGGAUCGGAUACGCAUCCUACAACUUCUGGUCAGUGUCGGUUUCGAGCAUCUGCGUAGACGAAAUAAACGGUGACUGCCGAAGGGGGCGAGGUUAA